UCCUGAAGUUUGUACGGGAGGGGCGAGAUUUAGCGCCGCCCAGCGGGCCCGGCCGCCCGCCUUGCGUGCGCGCAGCUCAAAUGAUGAACGUCACGCUGUAAGACAAGAUCGAACCCACCCCUAAAAUUGUGCAAGUUUAAAAUGUGCUAGUGCAGUGUUAGUGAUAAUAAAUUAAUUAAGUGCAAUAUCCAAAAUGCCCAGAAAACGAGUGAACCGAUCCCCGCCGGUUGAGAAACGGACUGACGAUGCGGAUGACGACGAUUUCUUCUUUGAUGAUACUCAAUCAAAUUCAGGUCGCAGUUCACAAGAGCCACAACACAGAAACGCCGCCAACGCACGGGAGCGAGCUCGAAUGAGAGUUCUCUCGAAAGCAUUCUGCAGACUGAAAACCACACUACCCUGGGUACCAGCAGAUACAAAGCUCUCCAAGCUAGACACACUACGACUGGCAGCAUCAUACAUAGCACACCUACGAGCUUUGUUACAUGAGCCAAGAUCUGCGCACACGCCGCCGCAUCCUCUCAGCUUGGCCUGGCCUUUCGCCUUCCAACACGGUGGAACCCUGAGCUGCGCCAUAUCACAACGAUGGAAUAUUAACCCUCCAAACAACGACUCUUCAAGCAGAAAUGUCCAGCCUCCAAGAGAGAACGCCCAAGACAGUCAUACACACUGCGACGGUUACCAAGAAUACCCCGAAAAUGAUUAUGAAGAACGUUGCUAUGAAGAAAUGAACACGAACGAGUCAUGCACAGCAAAUAUGCAAUAUUGUAACUACGGUUAUAAAGAUAAUUAUUAUGAAAUGAGAAAUGAUAUGAGGAAUUCUUACGCGUCUGAUACCAUGAUGAAUUGAGAGUAUUGUGGUGUAUUACCUAUUGGGGUCCUUGCAAGAUAUUUAGGCCCCCUUGACCUAAUUCAUUAGCCCCUUUUGAUUAUAACCCGUUUGUUGUCGCCCAUGACUGUGACCUUUUUUUUUGAGGCAGAGCUCUCUUUAGUUGUGUAUGCCCAUGACCAUACAUAUUUCCAUACAUUUAUAGUUACGUCACUAUAGACUAAAGACUUUCAAGUAUCAAAGAAUAUAAAGCAACCAAUAACAGUGAUUUUACGAAGAACGAUGAGAUAUUUAAUCGGUUCCUCUUAUUAAUAUUUUAAAUUAAAUAUAUUUAAUAAAGAUUAUCUAC